GAACCGCGGUUCCCGGGCACACGGGAUGGACGCGGGAGGUGAGAAGCGGACGUGCUUUCUGAUUGGCUGAGGAGUCCGCGGCCGUUGGGGCGGGAAAAAGCUGUGGAGGGUUCCAGGCUGUGGUGAUAAUUGGGUUUUCCUCAAACUUGAGGCGACGACACACUCACUGGAAGGGGACGAGUAAUCCAGGGUGUGGCAGAAGACUAGAGAGGAGCUAAGGGGGUCAGUAUGUGGAUCCAGUGAACCUGUCCGGGUGCCCCAAGAGGCUCAUGAAUAUGGACGGACCCAUGAGGCCAAGAUCGGCCUCUCUCGUUGACUUUCAGUUUGGAGUUGUCGCCACAGAGACGAUCGAAGACGUCCUGCUUCACUUGGCCCAGCAGAAUGAGCAAGCAGUGCAGGAGGCUUCAGGGCGGCUGGGCAGCUUCAGGGAGCCCCGGAUUGUGGAGUUUGUUUUUCUCCUGUCUGAACAAUGGUGUCUGGAGAAAUCUGUGAGCUACCAGGCUGUAGAAAUCCUAGAAAGGUUUAUGGUAAAACAGGCAGAAAACAUCUACAGGCAAGCCACAAUCCAGCCAAGAGAUAAUAAGAGAGAGUCUCAGAAUUGGAGGGCUCUGAAAGAGCAGCUUGUCAACAAGUUUACUCUCCGUCUUGUGUCAUGUGUUCAGUUGGCCAGCAAACUUUCCUUCCAAAACAAAAUCAUCAGCAACAUUACAGUCCUGAAUUUCCUCCAGGCUCUAGGCUAUCUACACACUAAAGAAGAACUGCUGGAGUCAGAGCUUGAUGUUUUGAAGUCCCUGAACUUCCAAAUUAAUCUGCCCACUCCCCUGGCAUAUGUGGAGAUGCUCCUAGAGGUUUUAGGAUACAAUGGCUGUUUGGUUCCAGCCAUGAGGCUGCAUGCAACCUGUCUGACACUGCUCGACCUGGUCUAUCUUCUGCAUGAACCCAUAUAUGAGAGCCUGUUGAGGGCUUCAAUUGAGAACUCCACACCCAGUCAGCUGCAAGGGGAAAAGUUUAUUUCAGUGAAGGAAGACUUCAUGCUGUUGGCAGUAGGAAUCAUUGCAGCAAGUGCUUUCAUCCAAAACCAUGAGUGUUGGAGCCAGGUUGUGGGGCAUUUGCAGAGCAUCACUGGUAUUGCCUUGGCAAGCAUUGCUGAGUUCUCUUAUGCAAUCCUGACUCACAGCGUGGGAGCCAACACUCCGGGGAGACAGCAGUCUAUUCCUCCCCACCUGGCAGCCAGAGCUCUGAAGACUGUUGCUUCCUCUAACACAUGAGGGAGGCUGAAUCCACCAAAUAUAAACAGCCUUCCGUCACUGCACUCAUGCCUCCCUCUGUUUACUUUCAUACUAAGGGUACAGAAGUUCCAAGUCUCUUUUGAACUAUAUUUUGUAUGCCAGUUUCAUGCUUAUUUUUUCUCUAUCAGAGAGAGUUAAGGUGGACGAGCAUGCCCUUUUUGUCAUAUCAGCCUGAAAAUGUUAAAAAGCUAAGUGGAGACAGAUCAGUUGUUUCAUUUUUGUUUAACAAGAUAUUUAUACUUUUAAUUUCAUUAAGAGGAACAUUAGGCAUGGAGAUCAGUAUUAACCAGGGGCUCAAAUACAGACUAUCUGGGUGACCUUGACUAAGCAUCAAGGAGGUAGCCUUUAUUUCCCCUUAAAAUUAGUUUAACAUCUCUGUUCCAUUAUUCAGAUCUACACAAACAGGGCUUCCUCAACAGUUAUCUGUUUUUACUAGAGUCUUUUUUUAAAACUAAAACUAACUCUGAACAUGUUUCAACAGAAUUUCCACAUACUUGCAUUAGAAUUCAAUUCUCCCAGAAUACAAAGUACUCUAUUUUAAAGAAAAACCCAACAGUGCGCCCCUGGGCAGUUUUCAGACUGCAGCAAAUCUUUUAUUACAAAUAAUUAAAUCUCUCCAUAAUGUCUCAAACAGUAUCAAACACCAUUUCAUAUCUUUAACACAGAGCAGAGUCGAGAACCGAGUGAGAAGUGUUACAUUUCAAGCAUCUGAUCACAUCACAUGGUGACCAGGUAAAGCUUAGAUGUCAUUUUCCCACAUUAUCCAACUGUGCAUCUCAAACAUAGCCUCGUCUCAGUAAAGACGAAAGUUUCUAUUUCAUACUGUUAAGUGCGGGAAGUUGAGAGAGAUACAAAUCCAGUGAAAACACAUUAAUCUCAAUUCAACUCAGUUAAAAAAAAAAAAGCAAAUUUAAAUUAGUUUUUUUCAGAGAAGAAAGGGAAAGGAGUCCAUGGGGUUAAGAGUCAAAACUGUGACAACGGUUGGCAGCUAUACCUGGCAUGUUGUAGCUCUGGAAACUAUCUGUCAUAUGAUAUUUUAAAAUAAAGUGGCUUUUGUGGA